GACACACGUGGUUUUCGUGCCCGUGAAGCAAUAGCAACAUGGCCAGUCUCAGCUACGAAGGCUGUAAUUUCCUGAGGCAGAGGCUGGUGCUGUCCACGCUGAGUGGUAAAAGGGUGAAAAUACGAAAUAUUCGAUCCAGAGAUGACAACCCCGGACUUCGCGAUUUUGAAGCGAGUUUUAUCAGGCUUCUGGACAAAGUGACCAAUGGCACCAGAAUCGAAAUCAACCAGACAGGAACGGUGUUGUUUUAUCAGCCUGGUCUGCUGUACGGCGGCUCGGUGGAGCACGAGUGUAACAUUCAGCGCUCCAUAGGUUACUACCUGGAGGCACUCAUCAUGCUGGCACCGUUCAUGAAGAACCCGCUCAAAGCCGUCUUAAAGGGGGUCACGAACGACCCGACGGACCCUUCAGUGGAUUUGCUGAAAGCCACUGCUGUUCCUCUGAUGAAAAAGUUUGGUGUGGAUGGGGAAGGUCUGGAACUGAAGGUGGUCAAGAGAGGCAUGGCACCUGGAGGAGGAGGUGAAGUGCAUUUUUCCUGUCCUGUACGACGAACCAUCAAACCUGUUCAGCUCACCGAUCCGGGCAAAAUCAAGAGGAUCCGAGGAACCGCCUACUCGGUGCGUACGUCUCCGCAGAUGGCCAACAGGAUCGUAGACUCGGCCCGGAGCAUCCUAAACAAAUUCAUUCCAGACAUUUACAUCUACACAGACCACAUGAAGGGAGCCAGUUCGGGCAAGUCUCCAGGUUUUGGUUUAGUUCUUGUGGCAGAGACGAUAAACGGGACAUUUCUGAGUGCAGAGAUGGCAUCGACCCAACAGGGACAGGGAGAUCCAAUCCUUCCUGAAGAAAUGGGCAAGAAAUGUGCCCGACUUCUGCUGGAAGAGAUCUACAGGGGUGGCUGUGUGGAUUCGACCAAUCAGAGCUUGGCUCUCUUGUACAUGACACUCGGCCAGCAAGAUGUGUCCAAAACUCUUCUAGGUCCCCUUUCUCCAUAUACGAUCGAGUUCCUUCGGCACAUCCGGGACUUCUUUCAGAUCAUGUUCAAGAUCGAGCAGCAGAAAGGAGACGAAGACGAGCGGAAAGGAGGAGAGAAAGUGCUGAUGACCUGCGUAGGCGCCGGUUACACGAACAUCAGCAAGACGCUCAAAUAG